CCUUAGCGGCCCCUCCUCUCUCUGUCGGCUUCGCUUCCCUCCCGGCGAGCAACCCCGAGGCGGGGUUUAGCCACCCCCUCUAUUUGGUCAGCUCCUGCCUGAAAAUGGAGGCUAUGGAAGAGAAUGAUUCUGGUGGCCUGCAAGCAGAAAAUGGUCCUGAUGCAGCUGAGGUUAGGAGAACUGAGGAAGGAUUUGUCCAGAAAAGCCUAUGUGCUGACACCACCGGCUCAGGUGCGCAAUGCCAGCGCUUCAGGCAGUUCUGCUACCAGGAGGCCGAGGGGCCCCGAGAAGUUUGCAGCCGACUCCACAGCCUUUGCCACCAGUGGCUGGAGCCAGAAAGACACACAAAAGCUCAGAUGCUGGACCUGGUGAUCCUGGAGCAGUUCCUGGGCAUCCUGCCCCCAGAGAUGGAGAGCUGGGUGAGAGAAUGUGGAGCGGAGACCAGUUCCCAGGCAGUGGCCCUGGCAGAAGGUUUCCUCCUGAGCCAAGCAGAGGAGAAGAAGCAGGAAAAGCAGCAGGUGGUGGCUCUGGCAGCAGAAGUGGCUGCUGACCUCUCAGAGGCAGAGGAGGCUCCACUGGAGACCGGAGAAAAGCCACCCUUCAGCUGGAUGGUGCAGGAGGGUGACCGAGGUGCCAGCUUGCUGGGCAUUGGAAAGACCCCACAGCCUCAUCCCAGGCCUUCUCGUCUUGGUGGUGGAAGGGAUUUUGUUGCCACGCCAUCCCUAGAACAGGGUCAGGAGACCUUUGAGGAGGUGGCUGUGUACUUUACGGAGGAGGAGUGGGCUCUGCUGGAUGCUCCCCAAAGGGCUCUGCACAAGGAAGUCAUGGAGGAGAAUUCUGGGCAUCUGGCCUCUCUGGGACUUGUUGUUUUCAAACCAGACCUCCUGUCCUACCUAGAGAAAGAGGAAAGACCACUUGUCGAGGGCUCCAAAGGAGGAGAGAGAUGUGCAGGUGAUGAGAGAGAGAAUGAAAUGCAGUGGAGAAAACCUGAAGGAAAAUGGAAGUGGGAAGAGAAAUCCAUUGUUUCCAAAGGAUGUGAUGUGCAUGAAAUUCCUUUCCUGAAAGAAAGUCACAAUGAAAACAGAAUGAAAAAGAUCCCUCCACAUGCAAAGAUCUUAAUUUGUAAAUCAAACCAUAGCAUGGAUCAAAGAAUCCCCACAGGAGAGAAACCAUUUAAUUGCUCAGAGUGCGGAAAGAGGUUCGAGCAGAGCAUAGAUCUUACUAGGCAUCAAAGAAUCCACACAGGGGUGAAACCUUUUGAGUGCUCAGUGUGUGGAAAGAGCUUCAAGCAGCGCACAUAUCUUGCUGUACAUGAAAGAAUCCACACAGGGGUGAAACCAUAUCAGUGCUCAGUGUGUGGAAAGAGCUUCAGACAGAGCACACAUCUUGCUAUGCAUCAAAGAAACCACACAGGAGUGAAACCAUAUCAGUGCUCAGAGUGUGGAAAGAGCUUCAACCAGAGCACAGAUCUUAAGAGGCAUCAAUUCAUCCACACAAGAGAGAAACCAUAUCAUUGCUCUGUGUGUGGAAAGAGCUUCAACCGGAGCACAUACCUUGCUGUACAUCAAAGAAUCCACACAGGGGUGAAACCAUAUAAGUGCUCAGUGUGUGGAAAGAGCUUCAACCAGAGCACAAAUCUUGCUGUCCAUCAAAGAAUCCACACAAAGGUGAAACCAUAUAGGUGCUCAGUGUGUGGAAACAGCUUCAACCAGAGCACAGAUCUUGCUGUGCAUCAAAGAAUCCACACAGAGGUUAAAUCCUAUCAGUGCUCAGUGUGUGGAAAGAGCUUCAACCAGAGCACAGAUCUUGCUGUGCAUCAAAGAAUCCACACAGGGGUGAAACCCUAUCAGUGCUCAGUCUGUGGAAAGAGCUUCAGCCAGAGCAGAAAUCUUGCUGUGCAUCAAAGAAUACACACAGGGAUGAAACCUUGUCAGUGCUCAGUCUGUGGAAAGAGUUUCAACCAGAGUAGAAAUCUUGCUGUGCAUCAAAGAAUCCACACAGGAGAAAAACCCUAUCAGUGUUCAGUGUGUGGAAAGAGCUUCAACCAGAGCAGAAAUCUUGCUGUGCAUCAAAGAAUCCACACACAGGAGAAACCUUAUAAGUGUUCAGUGUGUGGAAAGAGCUUCAAGCAGAAUACAGAUCUUACUAGGCAUCAAAGAAUCCACACAGGAGAGAAACCCUAUCAGUGCUCAGUGUGUGGAACGAGCUUCAGCCAGAGCACUAGUCUUGCUGUGCAUGAAAGAAUCCACACAGGGGUGAAACCCUAUCAGUGCUCAGUGUGUGGAAAGAGUUUCACCCGGAAGACAAGUCUUGCUGUGCAUCAAAGAAUCCACACUGGGGAGAAACCCUAUCAGUGCUCAGUGUGCGGAAAGAGCUUCAACCGGAAUGAAAACCUUUCCCGACAUCAAAGAAUCCACACGGGAGAAACCAUAUCAGUGCUAAGUGCAUAGAAAGAGCUUCAACCAGAGCACAAAUCUUGCUGUGCAUCAAAGAAUCCACACAGGAGUGAAACCAUAUCAGUGCUCAGUGUGUGGGAAAUGCUUUAGCGUUGCACAAAUCUUGAUGUUCAUGAAAAAAUCCACAGAGGUGAGAAAACAUAUCAGUGCUCAAUGUGUGGUAAGAGCUUCAGGCAGAGCACCAACCUUACACAACAUCAAAUAAUCCACACAGAGGAGAAACCAUAUCAGUGCUCAGUGUGUGGAAAGAGCUUCAAACAGAGCACAAACCCUGCUGUGCAUCAAAGAAUCCACACAGAAGUGAAACCAUAUCAGUGCUCAGUGUUUGGAAAGAGCUUCAGGUGGAGUGCCAGCCUUACCCAAAAUCAAAUAAUCCACACAGGAACCAUAUCAGUGUUCAGUUUGAGGACAAGCCAAGAUAGAAAUGGAACAACAGUCUGUUUUAGAGACUCAGUUUUAAGUAACUUAUUUCUUACUGAGAUGCCCCCAGUCUAUAAAAAGAGUUUUCACGGCUUAUGUGGGAGACUCCUGACAGGCAUGCAAGUUUUAUGAGCCAAGCCUUGUGACAUGUCUAAGCCAGAGUUAGGGUGGAAAGAUCUGACUCCUCCCUUCAGUAGGAAUAUAGGAACAUAGGAAACUGCCAUAUACUGAGUCAGACCAUGGGUCUAUCUAGCUCAGUAUUGUCUUCACAGACUGGCAGCGGCUUCUCCAAGGUUGCAGGCAGGAGUCUCUCUCAGCCCUAUCUUGGAGAAGCCAGGGAGGGAACUUGAAACCUUAUGCUCUUCUCAGAGCGGCUUCAUCCCCUUAGAGGAAUAUCUUACAGUGCUUACACUUCUAGUCUCCCAUUCAGAUGCAACCAGGGCAGACCCUGCUUAGCUAUGGGGACAAGUCAUGCUUGCUACCACAAGACCAGCUCUCCUCUCCCAAGACCAGCUCUCCUCUCCCCUUGAUACAGUUCUGUUUUCAGCACAAGCAGUUCUUGUAAGAGGAUAUGUGGUAUCUCAUCUGGACCUCCUUAGUAAAAGUGCUGAAUAAGCAAGAGGUUUACCUCCUGAAUCUGGCCUUUAGAUUUGGUCUCUCCAGUCUUCAUGUUACUGAAGGUGAUAACAUGUGUGGGUUCAGUGUGAUAGAUUACUUUCUAGUAUCUCUGACAUUUUUCUCACUGAUUUAUUCUUUUGACAUGCAUCACAGACCAGAGAGUGACCGUCUGCCUUUGGACAUGACUUUUUCGGCAUUUACUGCACCCCACUCUGUGAUAUGCUAUUAAUUGAAGGGCCUUAUCCAAGACAAACACCACCUUAAAUGGGCGUAUUGGUCUUAAUGAGAUGAUCGCAACCCUGUUCAAUUCUCUGCUUGCAAUGCUACCAAUUUCAGACAUUUAUGAUAUUUUUUCCUGAAUUUUUUUCGAUAAUGAACCCCCUUCUGAGCACAGUGGGUCAGAUUUGGAGGGGCUAUAUAAAGAAUAUCAGGCUUAGGAGACAAGCCUUGCAACAACUCCAGAUCAGAGUUUUGGAAGGAUCCUGCCCCUUGGUUCGAUCGUUGAUACAGUUCCAUUUCCAAUACAAGCAGCUCUUGAAAUUCAAGAAACUCUCCUAUUAUAAAGAUCGAUGGAGAGAGCUGGGUCUCUGUAUAAUCCAGAAAAAAAUGAUCAGAUAUUCUGGGAAUGGGUGGCAACUGGCACAUAGUCUGAUUCCACCACAGAUGCUCAUCUUCCAGGGGAGACAUGGUUUCAAUACUUCUCGGGUAGUUAUGGUAGCACCCAGAAUGAAACAACUUAUGAUUACCCACUUCCUGAACCAGGCCUUCUCCCAGAGUGGACUGCCAUUUCAGGACUAGAGUUCAAGCAGUUGAUUGGUACCUUGAUCCUUGGCAAAGCCCCUGUGGACGACAGUGGUGCCUCUUGCGAUAUUUGAAUUGAAUUCCCACUGAUCAGGCUCAGAAAAAUGCUGGUUAGAUUGGCUGAUUACUGUGAGGAGGCGAAGUUGAGGAUCAACUAUGAUAAAACAAAAGUGGUGGUCCUUAUUAUCAGUAGAAUCAAACACAGAUGGACAAUUUAACACUCAGUAAAUAGAGUAAUGCCCCUCCUUUAAAUAUCUGGGUGUCUCUUUUCAGAAAUCUCUAUCUUGCGCAGUACAUCUUGUUAGAAUCUGAUAGAUUACAGCACAGAGUGCAUAUGAAGAUGUAUGCUCAGGCUAUACAUGCAGCAAAGCAGCAGUUGUUUUCUGCACACAUUGCAUCUGAACGCUCACGUCCACCAGAGUUGUCUAUGGUUUUGAGAGGGACUAGUAUAUGCCCCUCCUCCCUUGAAUAAGAAUUUAGACAUUGGUGACCCGCGGUGACACCUCUAUUGGGUCUUUUGAGGAUAAAAUCUCUGAUUCGAGCUGAGCGGGAUUCCACGGUUGAUGCAGAGUCUAUUAUGGAGGUGUCAACCCACUUCUCUUGUAUUGUUAGUGUGCUUCCCUCACACCUCGCCACUUCAGUACCUUGGCACCUUCCUGCCACUCCAGUCGCAGUGCCCUCGCAUCUUGCUGUGUCCUCGCAGCUUGACACUCCAGCAUCUUGGCACCUUCCUGCUGCUCCAGUGACCUUGGCUUCACUGCAGCUACCUUUCAUACCAAUGCAGUCAUCAGCCCCAUCGGGGCCAUUGCCCUACACCGCACUGGGCCUGGCAGGGUAUACAGAUCUGGCCAGCUGCUCGGCCCAUCAAAAUCUAGUGCCCACUGGAAUACAGAGGUUCAGUGACCAACCUGAGGACUACAGAGCUUGCAAAGCCUUGUUUUGGAAUGUCGUGGAUGGCAGGAACAUCACUCCAAACCAAGAGCUUGACCUGAUUGAUCACCAUGUGGCUAGGGAACAGGUCUUCUGCUCAUGUACAGAGGAUAAGAGAUGGGCAAGUGAAAAAACUAGCCACUGCCCUUGAAGAUGCUUGGAAAAGGCUAGAGAUGAUCUGUGGAAAGCCUGAAGUCAUACUAGAGGCUCUUCAGUGGCAGUUAGACCAAUUUCCUCCAAUAGUCCCUGGAAACUAUAAGAAACUAAUGAAGCUGGGAGACUUACUAAAUCAAGUCGAAGACACCAAGGGAGACCUGCAGUUCACAGAGCUUCCGUAUAUGGACAUAUUUCGUGGAAUGAAACCCAUCAUAGAAAAGCUGCCAUAGGAUGUAGAAAAGCAAUGGGUUGUUCAGGCAGCAAAACACAAAGAACACUAUCGAUGCACUUUCCCUCCAUUCUCCUUCCUUGUGAAGUUUUUCUGUGACACAGCCAAGACAAGGCGUGACCCAACGCUCAUCUACAAAGCACAGAGAUACAAUGGUCUCAGGGAAACCAGAGGGCCUCUGCAGAGCAGUCAUUUGAAGAUGCCGGUGUCCAUCCACAAAACUGAUCAGCAACGCAUCCAGAAGUGAGAUGGGAAAAGGGCCCAAUCAGUUCUGUCCACUCCAUAGGAAACCACACUCCUUAAGUCAGUGUCAUGGCUUCAGAAUCAAGCCUCUGUGUGACCACAAGAUCCUACUCAGGGAAUAUGAGAUUUGCUUCAAAUGCUGCUACUCCACUGACCACUUUGCCAAGGACUGCACAGUCCACAUAAAGUGUGAGGAUUGCCACAGUGACAACUACAUCGCUGCCCUACAUCCAGAUGCAGAGGAGACAAGGGCCUCCAAAAACCCCAUGUCUGCAAUAAGGUAUGGUGGGGAGCAAAAGGAAGAGGAAGGCUCACAGGACUGUGUCACUACCAAGUGCACAAAGGUAUGUGGAGAAGCGUGUUACAAGAUCUUGCACCAAAAUCUCUUUAGUCAGUCUUCCCCAAGCAUCCGCCAGAGAAAGUAGCACAAUUGUAUGUUGUGCUAGAUGAGCAAAAGAACCAGUCAUUGGCAUGGUCAGAGUUCUUCGACUUAUUUGGACUUCAUGGAGAUGAACUUCCAUACACUCUCAAUACAUGUGCAGGAACCACAAUAGCAUCUGGCAGACGAGCAAAUGGCUAUGUGAUACAGCAUGUCCAUGGGGAAGUCAAGAUACCUCUCCCCAAACUGAUAGAGUGUGAUCACCUACCAGACAACAAGCAUGAGAUUCCCACGUCAGCUAUCGCCCUGCACCAUCCCCAUCUAUGACCCGUUGCCAAGCAGCUACCUGCUCUCAAAUGCUCAGAUCCUACGCCUGCUAUGGAGAGAGAUUGCUGAGGCCCUCAAGGUAAGAGAGUUAUGCAAUGGACCCUACAAUGUCCCUUAUACCCAAAGACUUGACCUCAGGUGGGUCAUAAUGGGCACAAGUUGCAUGGACCAAACCAGCAAUGCGUGCCUCUUAACUAUUGAAGUUCCAGAGAUGAAACAGGUGGUAUGUCUCAGAAUGUGCAUCAGUCAUGAAAAGGUCAAAGAAGACGUUGCCACCAACCCAAGCCACAGUCUCUCAAGGCUCUCAAGCCAAGAGUAGCGGCCCAAGAACCAAAUUGUUUCAGACAUCUACAGAUGACAACAAAUUAAGUCUCUCAACAGAGAGCCAAGAGUUCAGCAAAGACAAGUCCAACAACUGGGUCGCCCCACCCCCAUUCCGUUCACCAAGACAGCAGCUAUCAAACAAUCCAAAACUCUGCAAAAUUGCUUCUAACAGCAUUGAAGUGAUGAACGCCAUUGAGCCCGAAGAUAUUGCAAAAGAGCUACAGAACCUAGAUUUAGGCGCAGACACACCACCACUACAAGGCUGUCCUAGAUUGAGCUGGGAUAUCAAGAACCGCACCUUCGUCUUUCAAGAACUACCACAAAACAAACUGUUCACCUGUCAAGGCAUGCUAUCAACUGUAAACAGCCCAUUUGACCCAGUAGGAUUCACAACCCCAAUCACUAUGCAAAGCAUAUUCCUUAGAGCCUUAAGCAUGGAGACAUGUGAUUGGGACGCCCCGCUACCUCCCGAUAAAAAGAAAGAUUAGGAAGUAUGGAAGAGUUCACCACAAACUCUCCACAAGAUACAGAUCCCACACAUUGACACCCCAACUCUGCUGACUGCAGUACGGUGCAAAGAGAUCCACAUCAUCUCAGACAACUCCACGGAAGCCAUUGCUACAGUAGCAUACCCAAGAAUCAUUGAUAUGAAGAACGGAGCCCAUGUUGGCCUCUUCUUCAACGAAGCUAAGUUGACACCACAACCAGAGCACACCAUCCUUAGAUUGGAGCUCUGUGGAAUAGGGCUGAGGACAGAAAUCCCAGUCAAGCUGAAGAACAAACUCAGCACCAAACCUGACACCACUGACUUCUACAUGGACAGUGAAGUUCACACAGCCAGAGUGAGGGCACUAUGCCCCAACAAACCAGAACCUCGCAAAUGAAUCAGUGCAAUCUGUGUGGCUGAAAGGAUCAGAGUUCCCCUGGAUGUAAGAUUACAUACAUUCAACUAGGAGAAGCCACCUUGACCUGAGGGACCCAGGUGACAACAGGCCAAAUCCUUAGAGAGCGCCUUCUUCGGUAUGAUCCCCAUCGUUCAUUGAGGUCAUCUGGAGAGGUCCAUCUCCAGUUACCACUGGUACGUCUGGUGGCAACUCGGAAUCGGGCCUUUUCUGACGCUGCUCCUGGCCUAUGAAAUGCACUCCCAGCAGAUAUCUGCAGUUUAGGCUCGCUGUUGGCCUUUAAGAGAGCCCUAAAAACUUACUUGUUUGACCUGGCCUUCCAAGGUUUUUAAAUUGUGUGGUUUUUUUAAAGUAUUUUAAUUAGGUUUAAAUGAUUUCUAAUUGUUUUUGAAUUGUUUUUAUAUUGUUUUUAGCACUGUGUCUUAAAUUAGUGUUUGUGUUUAUAUCUUUUUAAAUUUGUUGUACACUGCACAGAGCCUUUGGAUGGGGCGGUUUAUAAAUGUAAUAAAAUAAUAAUAAAUAAAUAAUGCUGGCCAACAUCUUUUAGAGCUAGUGGAGAUGAGAGCAGCUUUCAUCUCUGCAGACCCGAAGCAAGUGGCAAGACAGCAAGAACCUUUGUCAGACUGGUUGUCAAAGUUAUACUGCUUCUGUCUAUGGAGGAAGGCAGUUAUAAUGCAUUAAGUUAUAGCACGGUAGCCUGAUGAUGAGAAUCUGAUAUUUAGUCAAAGUGGAUAGUGGAAUUAUUAAUUGCAGACGGGGAGUGUGCUGCCUCAACAGCAUCUCGGGCUUACUAUGCAUGCAAGUAACAAGCCAGGUUAAUAUUAGAUUCCCUUUUGGUGUAUGUAACUCUAGAAGAAUGGCUUAGUCUAUGUUAUUAGAUGAACUAGAAGCCAUGUUGAUCAUGUAAGCAGAGAACGGCUAGUACAGCCUGUGUAGAAUCAGUGUAGAGGGAAUCGCUUAGUAGGCGGUCUCAGACUGAGAGCCAAUGAAAGCACUGGCUCCUUAUUUGCCUUUGUCUUUCACCUUCUCCUUGCUGACCCUACAAGCCAGGGCUGUCCUUGGGGCGGGGCAACCGAUGUGGUCGCCCCAAGCCCUGUGCCAGGAGAGGCCCCGCACCGGCAGGGGAGCAGC